GUAAAACCACUUGUUAAAAUAAUAAAUACUUAACGACCGGAGACCAUAGUGGUAAAGAAUGGUAGUCUUAUAAUGUACGCCGAUGAUGCUACAGGUUCUUCCCUAAAUGAAAUUCAAAUAAAAUUACAGGAAGACAUGAAUAACAUCCAUCAUUGGAUAGUGAGUAAUAAAUUAGGUUUAAAUUUAGACAAAACUUAAUUCAUCCUUAUUAGAAGUAAACCAAAUUUUUUUGAGAGAGUUGAAGGCGCCUCUUUAACCUAUGAUGAGAAAGAGAUAAAGCAUUGCUCCAGUGUCUCGGAGUAUUUAUUGACCAUGUUGAUUCAAUUCGCGGAACUGGCAAUGUUUGACUCGCAACUCUAGCUUACUUCAGAUUUCGGCUUAUUGUAAUUGUAACAAUAUACGUCUUAAUAAAUCCACGUCAUCUGCUUUUUACAUCAUUAACUGAAUGCUUUUACUUGCCACUUAAGCUUUAAGAUUCCUUCACAUGUACUUACCAAUUUAUCUAUGUCUCUCUUAUUAUGAUGUUGCUAUGUUAAAUAAUUGUUAUGUUAUACUAUGUAUAUUGUCACAGGGCCCCAUGGGAGACCAACAAAUUGUUGAAUGGGCUUCGCUGUUUGUUUGUUUUUUUACAAAUGAAUAAAAAAAACUUAAAUCGAAUUUUAAGCAUUUUGGGGAUUUCAAUUUCGUUUAACUUCUCAUCAGAGUAUAUAGACCGUACUAGAAUUAGGUGAGUGGGAGCUGUAAUUCCUUUUGAUAAUAAUAAUAAAGGUAUAUUUAUCCAGGGUAGCCACUUCAGUUCCGAAAACUGUUCUCCCAGCGGGCCCUACUAUUAUUACCCGGCUAAGCUGGGCUACCUAUUCGGUGCACACAGUUUUUUGAGGAGGUAUUUCCUGCCGGUACCAAUUUGCCUCACCUGGGUCGAGUGCAGCACAAUGUGGAUAAAUUCCUUGCUGAAGGAAAUUACGCCAUGGCUGGGAUUCGAACCCACGACCCACUGUUUCAAAGUCCGGAGACUAUUCCACUUGGCCACGACGCUCCACUUUUCUAGUCGUUAUAAAAUAUCCUUCAGGAAUGUUAUUGAUAACCUCUUGGAAAUAAUGCAAUGCCAAAGGCAAUCGACUCAAUCUCCUCAUCAGCGGCAUAGCUGGAAUUUAUUCAGCAGAAGGGCACAGAUGUAGUCCGACAGACCGAAGCUUAGGAAAAUCUUAGUUUUAUUCUUAAAAACACGAUGAGGUAUUUCACAAGGCCCAAAUGAAUAAUGAGAGCGUGGAGCGCGAGCUGAUUUAUUUAUUUUUUCAUAUCAUGUAUUUAGACCUGAAAGUUUAAGUAGUUGCUAUGAUGAACUUAAUGCGCACCUAAAUAAACAAUUAGCGCGAGCGCGGAAAAGGGAACUGAAAAUUUUCAUAAUGAUAUGAAAAGGGACAUUUUCGAGCUCGCAUAAAAAAAUUCAGGAUACGAUGCGUAUAUAAGCAUGGACCUACUAGCAAAGUAAACAAUUGAUGCGAGCACGAAGCGUGAGUUAAAUUUUUUUAUUCUCAUUUGAGAACUGGAAACGCAAAGCGUGUUUCAAAAUAAACAAUUAGUUGUGAAUGUCGCGAAUCAAGGAAUACGAGCUCGAAGCGCGAAAUGGAAUAUUUUUCAUAUUCCCAUCUAAAAAUGUGAUAUUUUAGGCACGUUUUUUAGAUACCUGUGUCAGACAGGUUUUAGCAGAACAUAUUAAUGCGAGCCCAAAGCGCAAGCUGGAAUUUUAUUAUACUGACCAGAAGUGGGAACCCUUUUAGCAAUUUUUAACAUGGAGGAAAAUUAAGAGGAUACGUAUCUCACUUAAUGAACGAUGAGAAUUGAAACCAAGAGCUAAAUACUUUUUGUUAUCAUGAACAAAAUACAUAUUAUGCUUAUGUGCAAGUAAAAAAAUCCAUAAAAUCAGGGGCGGAUCCAGCUUUCCCAUGGGGGGGGGGGGAGAGUUGGUAGAAAAAAAAAGAAUUUUCAUUCACAUUUUUCCCGACUGGGUGCCAAAAGCUUAUUUUUAGGGGAUUUUCUUCUCAAAAGACUGAAGUUUAAAGUCUUUUAACUACAUGUCAGGUUUGUUCUUACAAUCAAGAUAUUAAGAUAAAGCAUAAAAAAAAUAACGAUAGCACGAAGCCCGAGCUUAAAUUUUUGGAUAUUUCAUGAUGUAACAUAUGAUAUAAAAUUUUAUAUUGUGAGAGUUGCUUUUAAAGUGAUUGGUUAACAUUGGUUUGACUUUUAAAAAAUCUGAGCUAGAAGGUCACACUUGUCACCUGUGUCUGUGAUAUGUUACAAAAAUGAAGCCCAGAGAAAAUAAUUAUUUAGUGCUUCAAAAAUUGAAAUAUAAAGUGACCGAAAACACCAUCUUAAUUUCAUCCCAUACACUUAUGUGUACUAUUUAGGCGUCUAUAAGACGCCUAUUUACAAAAUCGGGGUUUGCCUUGUAGUUUUAGCUUUUCAUUCUCAAUAAUGGUUGUUUUCAUGGUUUAUUAGUUCUAAUACAUGCACUUGUACACAUGUUUCAUCUUGAUUUGAGAAUUUUUUUAAUCGGCUGCUCACAAAGUUAAACAAUACCUUUAAUUAUAAAAAAGAUGCGUAUUUAACUGAAAAAUUAAUGCGAGCGAGAAGCGCUAGCAAAAAAUAUCAAUACACUGAUCUAAAAAGUGACUCAUUACAAGGAUAUAUAUAUCUUCAAAUAAUGCGAGCGCGAAGCACGAGCUGUAUAAUAGACAUUUAGCACUUUUGUAUUUUUUUCCUUUUCUCUGUCUUCUUCUUUUUCUCCUUUUUUCUCUCUCUUUUCGUUUCGUCUCUUUCCUUCCCCUUUUGGCGCCCCCCUUUGGCCUACCCGGGGUCCCGUGCCCCGAGCCCCCCCCCUCAAAAUAAGCGCAUGUAGUGCCUUAGUAAUUUUAUGAUCACUACGGGUUUUCGAAUAAUUAUGGGGGCGGGUGCAAUUUGCCACCCUCGAGGAUUAUGUCGAUCAUUUCAUUGCGAUGGCGAUUUUUUUUGUGACAUAAAGAAAUUCUUGACACAAAUGUCGCAAAAUGUGACAAUCUCAUUCUAUUUCAUCAUUCAUUUUGUAGCCAAUUGCUACCUGUAGACACAUAUGGCUGAUUCACUUCCGGCAGUAAAAAGAUAAAAAAAAGAGCAUGCUAAUUUGAUAUACUCGAUAACUUCAAUUUCAAUUAAUAUUUUGAAAAUCAAAAUACAGAUUAGAAAAACCAAUGAUUAAAAGCUUUUGUUUCAUUCAUCCUUUUCUCGUGCGAAAUCACAUCCAUGCACAUUAAGAAUAUGACUCUUCGGAUACUUAAUUUAUAAUCUUUUAGUUAUAAUCUUGUUAGAUUUGGAUCCCAAAAUUCGUAGAUAAAAGACGUAUACAUGCCAAAUGUUACAUCCGACUUUAAUACCCCGAAUCAGGGGACCCUUUUCACCAAAAUGUUUUUGCGCGACGAACCUGCCAGACGCAGUUACCAGAUGGAAUGGAGGAGGUCUAUCUUUAGAAGGUUUUUUCCCAGUCAAUGAAUGAGAAUACAAAAAAGCCAAAAAGAAAAAGAAAUAAAGAAAGAAAAAGAUGAUUUAAUAUUUAGUCGAAUAAACAAUUUAUUUAAAAAUUAAAAUAUUUUAAUCCUAAAUGAUAAAUAUCAUCCAUACAUUUCCUAUUGUAGAAAGGAUCUUUGAUAAAACAUGUGUUUUGUGAAAUUUAUGAAACAUUAUCUGACAAUGAAUUCAAGGUUUAAAAGUGGAUAAAAUGUCUAUUUACCAGCACCUUAGUUCAAAAGGCUUGAUUCGAGGAAUGUCUAGCAUAAUUAUAUACAACAAAAUGGUAUUAAGUCUACGACAUUUUCAACGUGCACUCCUGGGCCCUGUGCAAAUAAUGGCAUAUUGCUGGGGAAUCGUCCCCGCUCCCCGUAAAUUUUAUCAUCGGGUCUGAUAUAGCGUCACCUUAUUCGAAUGUACAUUUAGGGGAAUCCCCUUAUAUUACUUUUGAUCGAGAAAGACGAGUGCCCUCAGCAUGACCAACGUGUAUUACCAUGAAUAGCCACUCGAUUCGAGAAAACGUUCAUCCGAUAAUUUCCGCCAACACAAUUAUAAAGUUUUCAUCAAAACAACGAACGCACUCACCUACACGAUAGACCUACUACAUGCCAGGAUACAUAUCGGCGAUCUCCAACACUCGUUGCAAGGAAAUUCGUGAGCUCAUCAAAAUAUUGGUAUCAAUUACUCAAGAAUUUCCUUUCCCACGGUUGGAAUCGUACAUAUCAACUGUCUCGUCGAGACGGUACUCUAUUCAUGGUUAAGAAGUCAGCUGCUGGAUAUAGGCAUAUACCUGGAAUAAUCAUGGACGAAUGUUCAUUUUAUAUCGUGCUUUUAUUCUUCAUUACUUUGAUACCUAAUCUCUGUCUGGCGAUGCAUAUAAUUUCAGACUACAGAUUAAUCACAAAAGAUCGACCCAAUGCUGGAAUUGUCGAGGUUUUUAGCGAGGGCAUUGGAUGGGGAACUAUUUGUGAACCUAACUCUGAUCUAUCUGGAUGGACAUUCGAGCUAGCUAGUAUAGUUUGUCAUCAACUAAAUUUUCCGGGAACAUCUCAGAAUCUCAACGGAGUGAAAUUCAACGACGACGACGAUGGUUGGCCAGCUGAAAUUACACAAAAUAUAUCAACAUAUUACUAUGGCUGUUCAUCUGUUGAUGGGAAGAAUUUGCAAUGUCAAAUCUCUGAUAGUGAAUGCAAGGAGAAUGUGGAACUUCGCAUAACAGCCGUUUCCUGCAAAGAACUAGGAUACCUAGGCUGUUAUAUAGAUAAAAACCAGUUCGGACCCGGAAGAACUCGUUUGCUUUCCGAUGGUCCACGAGAUUAUGGUAGUCUGACAAUUGACCUCUGCAUCAAAGUAUGUAAAAGGAAUGGAUACUUUUACGCAGGUGUAGAGUAUACUACACAAUGUUUCUGCGGUGCACGAGAUGAAUACAUUUCCCGAGAUGGAAAAGUUCGGGAUCACCUAUGUGAUGAUAUUUGUCCUGGGGAUAAUCUUGAGUCAUGUGGAGGCUCAGAUAGAAUCUCCAUUUACCAAGUCGAUCUCGGUGUUUGCGAAGACCCUGGUACCCCUUCAAACGGAUUCCAAUAUAACGAAACGGAUCUCCUCCGCUAUGGUAGCAAGGUGUACUUCAACUGCUCCGAAGGAUAUGAUCUACAAGGACCCGAUGUUAUCCAAUGUGUUCAGAAGUACAGUAAUAGGAGCGACAGUCCUAAUAGUACACAUGACGUUGUUUGGGAUCAUGAUCCUCCAACAUGCAGGCCAACGGGUUUUAUUUCAACUUCACCCCCUUUUCUGACGACCAAGGUAAGAGGACAAACCAACCUAAUUCCAUCGACCAGAACAUAUAGCAUGAAGCUAACCAAGGAUCAAAAAGGUUUUAGUUCCACUUCACCUUCACAUUUACCACCUGUGACUGCAAAUCAAGAAGAGGAUGGUUAUCAAAUCACGUUCACUGGCACGGUCGAUGUGAAUCACACUGAAAACCAAAGGGGUAUCAUCUAUAUUAGUGUUGGCAUUGCCUUUGGUCUGAUAGUCAUCGUCUUUGUAAUUGGACUGGUCUUUCUUUGCAGAAGACAUAAUAGAAAAACCCACAACCAAGUUCCCCCGGUUACUGAAAGCACGUUUGCGUCUAGUCACCAUGGCAAUGGGGCAGGUAGUCCUCUGAUGUCGAGGGCAGAUGGAGAGGAUGACUUUGCACUAACCGAACUAACCAGCCACCCGAAAACCGCUGGAGAAAACGAGUACGGUGACAGCAUCGAACUGCAAACUCCAAUGCGCACCGAAAUGGCGGAUAGACCGGGGAUUUCAAGAGAUGCAUUCGGAUACGAAUCGAUUCGGUUACCGUCAACGGGCGACGCAUCAGCCGGUUUGCCGGGUAUAACGGAUGCAAUGAACGCGAACGAAGCGGCGUACGAGAACUCGGAGUUCCACGAAGAUCCGACGCAUCUGAUCGAUAAUGAACUUUAUGGCAAAACGUUCAUUUGAUGUUAUAAACUUAAUUGCUGGAAGGAAAAAAAAUGUACCAUGAUAUGAGAGGCCGAGCUGUCUGUUCAGGCUUAAUUUAAAUAGUUGAUUAUAAAUAAUGUAGUCUAAUAUUAAUAUUAACUUAAAGGAGAAUGAAACUCUUGGAGCAAGUUAGCUUUUGUGAAAGCAGAAAAAUCAAAGAAUAAGAUCAACAAAAGUUUGAGUAAAAUAGGACUAGCAAUAGAAGAGUUAUGAGCAUUUGAAUGUCGAGAUCACUAAUGCUAUGGAGAUCCUCCCAUUGGCAAUGCGACCAAGAUCUAUGAUGUCACAGAUAAACAACUCUCCCCUUUUGGACACUGAAAAUAUACCCCAAAACAUCUCUUAUUGCUCAUUCUAAUCAUAUGACAAACGAUUCAUCAAUGAUAUAAUGUUGUGAAACCUCUGUACUUGUCCUCUCAUAAAGAGAACACCUCACCUUGUGAUAGACUCUGUAAAAGUGAGAAUAUAAGUGAAAUAAGUACUAAAGUAAUGAGGGAGUUGUACGUGUGUGACAUCACAGAUCUUGGUCGCAUUGCCAAUGGGAGGAUCUACAUGGCAUUAGUGAUCUCAAUAUUCAAAUGCUCAUAACUUUCUUAUUAUUCAUUCAAUCUUCCUCAAACUUUCAACAAUAUGUUUCUUUGAUUUUUCUCUUUGAUAUGGAUUCAGCUGGUUUCAAGGGUUUCAUUCUCCUUUAAGAAUAUCAGUUAACAGUACUAUAUAUCUUUUUAUGUUAGUAUGUAAAAAAGCUAGUAUAUGCAACAUACAAUUCAAGCCUGUAACAUUUUUGUGAAUGCAACAGUAAUCAGAAUAUCCAACUUCCGUUCCAUGACAUUUAAUCCGGCGACAAUCGCUCCGAUGGAAAAUCCGCACGUUAAUCCAAACAUAAUACCUAACUUCCAAAAUUGAAUAAACCCUAAUUGUUAUCUUUACAUUAUUCUAAACCGAAAACUCUAUUGCAACCCUAACUCUAACCCUAUGCUCUCUGAGAUAUUAAGACCGGAGCAAAUGUCGCCGGAGAAAAAGUCGUGUCACCCCAACCUCAUAUAGAGUAUGAACCAGCAGCAUUGUUAGGCAGCACCUCAAGUUCCAAACUACGAGAAUCCAAUCCAGGAAUCUAAACCCAUAAUGCAAUAUUCUGAACACUAUAGUGUUUUAAUAUACAUGUACAUGUAGGCUCACUUCACACGAAUUUACUACACAAUAUACCGAAAUAGUUGUAUUAAUUAGGUAAACAAUUAGGACCUACUUUUAGUCCCUCUGCACAUGUUUUUUAUUCAUAUAUUCACUCGAUAAAAUGCUCAAUGAGCAGAGACACCCCGAAAAACUUCCGAUUAUCAGCAGAAUAAACGUUUUACAGUAUAAAUUAUUAUGCAGGAUUGAGAGCUUGAAGAACAAAUUUUGUAAGCAAAGUCAUCGUUGUGCGACUAUGAUUGUGGUACAUGUAUGUUUUCGAUAUAGCCAACACAUGCAAUGCAUAAAGAUUUUCAUGUCUUAAAAAAGAAAACUGUUUACAAUCUAGGCUAUGAAAAUCUACUGUUUUGUCAUGAAGUAGAAAAACAAACCGUACAAGUUUGUCUUUGAAAUUGGGUUACUCCCUCAACUGCUCAAUUUUAAACCCAUGGGGGAAAGAAUCAAAUAUCAAACGCCUUCUUUUUCAGAAAGGAAUGCGAACAGAACUCUUGACAUUUGUAUUAAACAUUGUUACUUGUUUGAUUUUCGACUAGAUAUAUACGGCCAUCUGUUUAAGACACUAUGCAAAUAACUGCACUUGGUGUAUCACUUAAAUUGCAAUGCAUACUUUACAGAAAAGACCAUAGCGAUAUUGCUAUUUAACACUUAAAAAUCAUAUUACUAUCAAUUCAGUUAACAAUUAACUUUUUUCUUAUAUUUUGGAGAUAUUCACUUGAACAUACUUACGAUUAUUGGAUUGUGUCAUUAAAAUGAAUGUUUAAUAAUAAGGGUAGUACUUAUUGUGAAGCGCUUUGAGCAGUCGUAGAUUGAUAAAGCGCUAUAUAAAUGCCAAUUAUUAUCAUUAUUAUUAUUAAUGUAUGUUCUAGCUCCCUCUAAAUACAUUUCAGCAGAGCAGAGCGAUUCAUAAUGACAAUAAUUAUUAAAGUAAUGUGUUGCUUUGAUUAGUUUCAGAUUGUUUUUCAGAUUUCGAAAGUAAAGCUAACAUGUCAGAGGAAGUCAUCAUCGGACGUGAAGUUCCUGCUUUAAAGCUGUACUAAAAUGAAUUACAUAAAUUAUAUUGUGACGUUAAAGGGUUGUUUCAACAUAACAAUUAAUACUAAAAUAAUUAUUUUUCGUUGUGUGGUAAAAGGUCAUGCUUUUGAUAGUGUUUAAUCGAAAUCUACGUGGAAAUAUUUUUUUAAUAUUAAACAUUUUUUACACUAUCAUAUGCUUGCAAUUCAGGCAAAAAUGAGUUGUUUUAUUUUUGUAUUGCUAUCCCCCCAUAAACGCCCGUUGAUUCCAAAUAUUUUACAAAUUUUAUUUCAUUUUUUUUUGUCUUUCUUUAGAGGAGGUUGUUGCUUCAUAUAAUCAUUUUCCAAAAUAUCGUACUGAUAGCACUUCAAGUUAUGACAACAAUGUGUAGUGAAUUUCAAAUCUUGACAUGUAUGAAAUAAAAUCACAUUCCAUUAA